GUCACACUCCUCUCCUGUCGUUCAUGGCUCUAUCAGUCUCCCAUGGGCUGCCAAAUGUGUUGUGUGAGAGGUUUUCGCCACCGAUUUAACAUGAUUGUCUAACCAAAUAAAUCAGCUCUUAUUUUAGCUGUAAUAAUUGUUUCUUAAGAAAGAGAUCUAAAUACAAUCAACAAAAAAACAUGAGGGUUGUUGCAUUGAUUAGUGGUGGCAAAGAUUCUUGCUUCAAUAUGAUGCAAUGUAUAGCAGCUGGCCAUGAGAUUGUGGCUUUAGCUAAUUUAUAUCCUGUUGAAAAAGAUGAUCUGGAUUCAUUUAUGUUUCAAACAGUAGGACAUCAAGGCAUUAAGUAUAUUGCUCAAGCUAUAGGCUUGCCUAUAUAUCGUUAUCCAACAUUUGGUAAAGCCAAUGUACAAGAGAAAUACUAUUAUCCUACAGAAAAUGAUGAAGUUGAAGAUCUUUUUAAACUCUUAAGCACAGUGAAGGAACGUGAAAAUAUAGAGGCUGUGUCAAGCGGUGCUAUUCUUAGUGAUUAUCAACGAAUUCGUGUAGAAAAUGUAUGCAGUCGUUUAGGUCUUAUUUCCUUAUCGUAUUUAUGGAGACGGGACCAAGAUGAGUUGUUAAAUGAAAUGAUACAGGGUUCUGUUAACGCGAUAUUGAUCAAAGUUGCAGCCUUGGGUCUUGAAAUUAAACAUUUGGGAAAAUCUAUAACUGAAAUGCAGCCUCAUCUUCUUAAGAUAAAAGAAAAAUAUGGAGUGAACAUAUGUGGUGAAGGAGGAGAAUAUGAAACUUUUACCUUAGAUUGUCCUUUGUUUGCCAAAAGUAUUGUUAUUGAUGAUUAUGAAAGCGUUGUAAACUCAAGGGAUAAUGUAGCGCCUGUAGGAUAUCUCAAAUUUACAAAAAUUUAUUUAGAGGAGAAGGCUAAUGGAGAAUUGGAAAAGUUAAGUCUAUCAGAAAGACUAAAAAAUGUUUUAAUAAAAUCGCCACAGGAUUAUAUUGCCGAAAUCAUUGGUCCUGAGCUACAUGAUGGCUGCAAUUUAUCAGAAGAUGAAAAUGAUGAGCACGAAUGCGAAAGCAAUAAUUUGAAAGCAUCAAAUUCAGGUCAGUUUCAUCCUCCAAGUCCAAUGGAGAUUUUGUACGAAGAGGAAGAUUGUCUAGAUGCACCAAUUGUUAACAGGAAUCAAACAGGAUGGUUCUGGUUCGGAAAUAUUAUAGGAAAACAUCCAGAUGUCACAUCUGCUAUGGAAGAGGCACUGGAAAAAUUAAGCACUCUAAUUCAAAAUGAAAAUUUAUGUAUAUCCGACAUAGUUGCGGUAACAUUGUAUAUUAAAGAUAUGUCGAAUUACAAGGCCAUAAAUGAGGUAUAUAUUUCUUGGUUGGGUAAAACAAAUCCAUCAGUUCGUGUGUGUGUAGAAUGUCCUUUGAAUAUACAUGUCGCGCUCGACGCUAUAGCAUACAAAGAAAGUCAAGAAUGCGGUGAUAAAUGGACUUGUAAGCGACACACGAUGCAUGUACAAAGUAUCAGUCAUUGGGCACCUGCUAAUAUUGGCCCUUAUUCUCAGGCUAUUCGUGUAGGUGAUGUUAUUUUAGUUGCUGGGCAAAUACCUCUGGUGCCUGGCAAUAUGAAUCUUUUAGAUAUGAAUAUUAAACGACAGUGCCGUUUAACAUUGAGGCACAUAGACCGCAUUGUUAAAGCUAUGGAUGCGAAACUUCGAGAUAUAGUACAAGGUAUCUGUUUCCUGACUCAUUCUAGUUACAUAGCAGAUGCAAGAAAGGAAUGGGAAAGAAGGACAAGAAAUGCUAUUGUAGAUUACAUUGUUAUACCAAAUUUGCCACGUGGUGCUCAAGUUGAGUGGUGUGUUUGGGCUCAUAGAGAUAAUAAUCGAUUUGAGUACGAGGAAACAGGAAAAUGUGUGGCUAAUUUUAGGAUAGCCAUCAGACGUAGAUGGAAUUAUGAAAAUAAUGUUUCAGCGAUUGUAUGUUACAUGUCUACUGGUUCGUCUAAUUCGACUGGUAAUUUAACAACAGAUGCGAGUUUGCCAUCCACAGAGGUGAAUGCAAAUGAACUAUCGGAGACUUUUGAUUAUCUAUUGUGUAAACUCAGGAAAGGCUCACAAAGCACAAAUCCAACAUGUAAUUUGCGAAUAUUUUACAAAGUCGGCAGCUUUCCUGGUCCGAACUUCCUUCAUAAUGUUCUAUCAAAGUUUUCUAUGCAGAAUUUAGUGAUCACCGUUAUACCGGCUACUCACUUACACAAUUUCAGUACUUUGUUAUCUAUAUAUGGUAUUAGGCACGAGUAAAUACUCAAGAUCAUUUUUACACUGUCAAUUACUCAUCGGAAUUAAAGCGCACAUUUAGGAUAAAAAAUCCAUGCUUGAAAAAACAGCAUGUAAAAGAGUUGUCUCAAAACAAAAAAAAAA